UUGUGAGACAAGUGUGGGUCCUGAUCUAGCUGGUGCUAAAAUAUGUUUACCUCUGAAAGCAGUAACUUUCAUUUGUAUUAUACAUUUGUUUUAUUUAGAGAUAGCUCUCAGUUUGUGAAAAUGGCAGCUGGUUGUAAAACAUCAUGCGCUUAACCUUUAUUGGCCACUGGCUCUUAAUAGUGCAUCAUUACUGAAGUUUCUAUUCUGAAAUAAUGAAUAUCGGUUCAGGAUUUGGAUAAUGGACAAUUACUGCAAGCUUUUGUAUGUUUUGUCUUUUUUUUCUUUGCUUAGAUUAUUUUUCUUUAUAUGUCUGAUAUGUCAAAUCUCAUGUGUCAUUAAAACUAAAGCAUAAACAUUGGAAAAACAGUAUAAUCUGCCGUAUCAGAUUGUGAAGAGUUCAAGGAAUCCAGUUACUGUAAUACCUAUAUUCUUUUCUUGAAUAGGACAGAACUGAUAAUUUUUUGUAAGAUUUAAAUAUUUGUCAAUCAAGGAACAAAUUGUAGUAUGAUAUGCUAGAAUUAGGAACCACACAUUUUAAAUUUAAAGGUUAUGCUAAUUUAGCCUAAGAUUUUACAGCAUGCAAAAUAAAAGGUUUGUGAUUCAUUUCUAUUUCCAAAAUUAAAUACAUUUUGCUGAAGAUCGUAUUUACAUGACCAAGUAAUGAUGAUCAAAAUGGAGUUCAGGAAUGACAUAAAUUAAAAAAGGGCAGCUAAUUUAAUUUUAUCCACAUACAUGUUUUAAAGUAUAGCUGCUCAGAAACAGCUAUACUUUAAAACUCUCUUACUUCACUUUGUAAGGAGAGUAUAAUGGCGGAAAAAUAUAAAUUAGCUGAAGGAUCAAGUCAUCAGUGAAGAUAAACAUCUCAGGUAGGUCAGAGGUUUGAAAUAGGGAAAUCCGUUCUCAUACUAAUGUUCCACUUACAAGGCACUAUCAAAAGAAUUGCUGUUUUUUUUUUUUUUUUCAUGUGUUUGAUCUUAUCAAAUAUAACUGGCCCCAAAACCUAUCAGUGGGAGUUCAGACUGAGUGGAGUUAUCAUGACAAAGGCUUGAGAAGGCGAACCCAGGUGAGGCAGAAGAACCAAAAGAAGAUAAUCAGAGCAUUUGUUAAAGCAACAGCCAAAGGGCAUGCAGGCAUAAAUUAGCAAUCCAGCAAACGCCGACUGAAAACCGUCGAGCUAAUAGUUCAUGGUCUCAUGACGAACAUGCAGUCACACCUCCUGUGAGAUUCUUAUCUAACUGGAAUUACUCCAUGCCUUUUUCUUCUGGAUAUUUCAGUCACAUUACUGGAUGCUGUGAUAACAGAGAAGUGGGUUUUCUGCCUCUUCACACAAAUAAGCAAACUUGGUGCAUUUGUAUUUGUUGAGCCAAGACAAAUUUAGUGUCUUGUGAGGAUUAUUGUUUGGCUUCUGAUAAAGUAUAAGGCAACAGGAACACCGUGCUUUUCAGAUACAAGCAGAACUAUCAGAAAGAUCUACAGAAAACUGGAGAAUGCUGUAUCAAUUUGGACUUAAAAGAGAAAUAACACAAUUCGCAGAAAAUAAUGUAGCAUGUGUAAAAUAAAAAGUUACAUUAACUGCUGGAUAUCUGUGUCGCAGAGCUCAAAAGAAACUUAUAUUUUCACCUGUUCCUGUAAAGCUGCUCUCAUGAGGAUAGCAUUAAGGGCAAAAGACUUGACAAUAGAAAGCUGACUAUGUCAGGUCAUGCAAAACCUAUUAAUGUUUUAAUAGAGAUUAAAAUAUUUAAACUAAGUACACAAUUGACAUUAAACAUGUCCUUAUGACCGCCAUAUCUUGUGUCUUACCAAUUUUGUUCAAACAUCAUUAAUUCCUUUUCCCUGAAAAAAUCAACAGCUCCUAAUUUCUGGUCAGUUUUAGAUAAAGCAUAAAAUCCCCCAAUCCCUCCCACUGGAAACACAGAAUUAAUUACUUUACAUGCACAUAUAAAUUCGGCCACAAGAGGGCACUUUUCUUUCUAUCAGUGUUUUUAUUGUUUUAUUGCAGCUUUUAUCAUCUUAUUUUUAAUUUAUUUCAAAUGUUGUACUAAUAACUUUUUUAUUCUAUCAAUCUGAAUUUGUAAAGUUGAAAAGUGUAACAAAUACUCAGAGCAUGCAUCCACUAAUUCAACAUAACAUUAUUAAAAAGUAAUCUAAUCUAAACCUAGAAAGAAAAAUAUCUAACCUGGAAGUAAUUCAGUAAAUUACCUGCAUGUACGCAGUGUAAUUUGGUUAAAAUGGAAUCUGGUCUGUGCUGGGAAUUAAUUUCUAGAAUUAUAUUUCAAACUCUCUGCAUUGCAAGAUGCUCUUUCUCAUGGUUGUCAAAAAAUGAUUUGUUUUUAAAGCUUAUGGAAAUGGAAUACACCAUUUUUUCCAUUACAUACUCUGUGUAUUUAGGAAGGAGGGGGCUUUUGCAAUGCUAUGCAGAAGAAUGCACUCCUGAACUUUAUCUCCAUUUUGUUGGCAUUUUAUGCCAACACAAACCCAUGAAGUUUUAAAUAAUGUUCUUAAUUAUCAUGUGUAUGUAUGCUGUGCAUGUAAAGUCUGCCUCAUAAUCUCAAACAUCUAAAGAAACUUCAUUCCAACCAGUUGCCUUGAGAAAUCUCCUAAUUAGUAAAUAAAGUCCACUUGUGCGUAAUUUAAAUUUGGUAUGAACACAGUUGUUCUGUGAAGGUCUCAAAGGUUUGUUAGAGAACAUCAACAAAUAAAGGACAUAAUGAAGACUAAGGAAAACACCAGUAAGGUCAGGGAAAAAGUUGAGACCAUAAUAGCUUAGUUAACAACUUUGACUAAACAUUACACAGACGGUUUGUUUCAAGCGGGAUUUUAAAGGAUUAUAAUGUUCUGACAUGACUUGCACAAGUAUUCAUAUACUUCUGACAUCUGAACAGUCUUUGCUGUGAGCUAUCCAUUGUAGCUCUGGAUGUAUGCUUAAGGGUUGAGUCCUACUUUAAGGUGAACCUCUGUUCCUGUCUUAAUAGGUUUUCUUACAGGACUGCCCUGUAUUUAGCAACGACACUGACACACUAUAAUAAUUUCCACCUCAUGAUGCUGUCAUCAAUGUGGUUCUCUUUCAACUUCAGGUUUUAGUCUCACGUGACCAGCAUCUUGAAUGAUUUUUUUUACAGUACACGGACAUGCCAUUAUAUAGGUAGAUUGUAAGUGGAGUCUAUCAAUACUCUCCUUGUCUGUCCUGUCAGUUUAGGUGGACGGGCAUGUCUUGGUUUGCAUUUACACCAUACUCCUUACGUUUCCAUUCAAUUUAAUGAUGUAAUUUGUUCAUUUAUGCUCUCUAAGAGGGGGCUUCACAAAACAGCUAUUUAUGUAGACGUGAAAUUAUACACAAGUGAAUUGUAUUUGCUAUAGUUCUUCAGGCAGUUGGUUUCGCUGGAUUUUACUUAGGGUUAUCAGGAUAAUGUAAUGAGAAAUGGAAACGUGUCACGUACAUCAUUGUACUUUCUCUUCACAAUAAUGUGCUACUCUGAUUUGGAACAUUACAUUCUUUCAAGUUUGUUGUUGCAACAGGAGAAGCGUGAAUGCUUUUGAAAGACAUUGCGGUUGCUGUUGAAGGUGUCACCGCCGUUGCCCUGCUAGGCGCUGUCCGAUGGCUGUGGUGCUGAAACUCAAAGCGACACAUCUGACAGCGCUUCUUACUGUUAGAGCAGGUGCCCAAUUUUAAUUACACGGUUUAAUGGGGCGCAUCUGUCACAUGAUGCUCGUUGUGACACCAACCAGAUGACAACGGAUCAGAAAAUCAAUCUUAACAUCUCUUUUGUGUAGCUCUUUAUUCUCUCUCUUUUUUUUUUUUUUUUUUGUCUAUUCCGGUAGUUGUUUCACGGUUAGAUUUAGCAUCCCUGUUCUCGGGUUUUGCUCCAGCGGGACCGUUACACAAGUCUGUGAACCGGAUGGAGCUGAACUGAAACCAGGUCAAACUCACACUUAGAGAAAAACAAGAAAAAGAAGAGAGAAAAAAACGCACAUGGGAGAAAAAAAAGUUUUUAACUGAUUUGAUGCCGAGCACAUGUUAAUUAUUAACAUAAACAACCUGUGUGGUCAAAUGAAGCCGUGCAAUAUGGGAGAACAUGGCGGACAAUGUCCACGGAGAAAGCGGCUCUGCUUUUGCUCAGUCUAACGAAGAAGAAUACGAGUGCAAAAUCUGCUACAACCACUACGACUUGGACCGCCGCAUGCCCAAAGAGUUGAGCUGCUCCCACACCUUCUGUCAGCAGUGCCUCGAAACUCUGCACUCACGAGAGGGUCGAGGAUGGAGGAUCGGCUGUCCCGUGUGUCGCCAUCGGACUCCGGUUCGGGAAUAUCAGGUUCAAAAUCUCCCGAACAACAGGGCGCUGUUCGAGGCUCUUCCGCCUAGAGAGCAUCAACGUCAGAGCUUAUCAAACACGGAAGAACAACAGACAGGUCCGUCCGGAUCUUUUGCCACCGAGGAACGCUGUGAGACCUGCAAGAACGUAGCCUUUACCACGGGCUGUGUCUGCGCCAUCUUCUCCUUCCUCUCCAUGGUGGUGCUUUUAUUUCUGGGCCUCAUUUUCGUGCACAACUUUAACCAUAUAGCGUCGCCUGUCGGCCCAGUUUGUCUGUUCGUCGCCAGCGUCCUGGCUCUGCUCUCUAUAAUAUUCACUUGGUUGAUGUGCAUGCUGAAGUAUGGAGCAGAAACAGAAGCGAGCACGCUUAGUUCCCUCUCCUCUAAUGUAAUGUGAUCCUCAGAGUUCGAACUGGACUUUUGAAAUGGGAUAUUUAGAGGUGUGAAAUUCAAGGCCUUGACGCGCCUCCAUAGUGAAUUUUGAGAACAAUUCGGAUUGUCAAUAAAUGACUGUGUGCUUUAUGAAAAUGGACAAAUUGUGUCGGGAAUUGUUGUUGCUCAUUUGUUUGAUUUUCCUUUAUUGUGGUGAGGAGCGAAACAUAGCCAAUUCAUACCUUAUUUUCAAACCUCCUGUUGCCCUUUAAGUCCUUCUUAUUUUCAGUAUCUUCAAACAGUCCAUUUCAUGCCAGCACAGCUUUUUUUUGUCAGGGUGGUACUGUCUCAGAGGCCAGAAUAGUGCUAAAAAAAAAUAAAUAAAUAAAUAAAAUCACUACAUGGAAAAAACAAUACAUAUGUACUUCAUAGAAAGGCCAAACCUAGACUGAAAUAACCAAUAGUGAUCACAGAUUCCUUUGAGUCUACUGAGACACUGUUUUCUAAGAAAAGUUAAAAACUUCAAUCUCUUGUUGCAUUCUCAAGUGCAGACGGCAGUUCCUGCCCAAGGCGACGAUUGGUGCACCCGCUUCGGAUGUUAUCAUCCCAUAGAAUGGCGAUUAUCAGUGGUUAUCAGCCCCAUUGAAUGGCCUCAGUUGGUCCCUGCUCUGCCUGGAAGCGGGUGAUUAUGUCAGAAGAACUGAUACUGCCAAUGGCAAAUGGUAUCAUUUGGCUCUGGAUCAAUUUGCUCUUUACCUAUCUUUACAUACCUAUUGCAGUGCAGUUUCAUUCUACUUAUAUUGUAGAGUAUUGUAUGCACUUACUUUUUUAUUGUAGUUAUGUACGUAUUUCAUGAACUUUAGAGAUAAAAAAAAAACUCUUCAAAGUUCCAACACUGGUCAAAGUAUUUUAUUUGAUCGAGUUUUUACUGUACUCUCUUGCUGAAAACUGUGACAUUUUGUUCCAGCCAUUUAACAUAGUUUGUAUAAAAUGUCAUUGUCAAGGCAGCCCAAAACGUUGCACUGUUGGGUGCAAUGUCAGGAACUAAACAUUCUUCAAAAGAGCGCUCCAUUUUGUACCUAAAAAAAGUUGUGUAAUAAGUCAUCAAAGCUGCCAAACAGUGAAAGAUCAACAGAGCACUUGAAAUAAGAAAAAAUAGUCAAACUAAAAAGGUAAAAAGCAAAGAGGUGAAAUGACUGGAACCGUCCUUAUUUAUUUAGAUAAGAUUUAUAUAAAAGCACAUCUUAUUAAAAAAAAAAGUCUUGCAUUGCAGCAAAAAAAAAAAAAACGACAAUCCACGCUUCUAAUAGCUUAAAAGACUGAUUAAUUAGAAAAGUUUAGAUUGAGCUGAAAUCUGCAAAAUAAAAAACUUACAUACUAAAGCAUAACCUCAAAUGAUUUCAAAAAUCAACAUUGUCUUAUGUGAGAAUAUCCAUAAGUUGUAUAACAAUCUGUUUGUGUUUUAUUAAUCAAAUUGAUGUAUUAUUUGCUAAGGCACAGUUAUUUCAAUCACCUCAAACCUAUUUAUCUCAUAACUACCUCUGUGUGAUCACAGUGACUCCCUAUGGUGGAGCAGGUCAGCAGGGAAUCCCAGAUCAAUAACCCUGAGGGGACAUGAAUCAUUCAAAGAAAAAGAAAUAACUAUGAGGUAGGGGGCCUAAAUACAUAGUUUUGUAAUGUGACAAAACAUUAGAAGUGCAGAUGCCCUCCUGGAGGGUUCUAAAUCAUCUCAUAACUGUUUUAAGGUUAUUCAUUGGCAGUUAAUUAUUAAUUUAGUGUUUUUUCACAUAAUUUUACAUCUUCUAAAAAUGUGGGCAAAAAUAACAAUGCGAACUGACUGGGCUCAAAGACUUAUGAUAAAGCUGAUGUCUCCAUUGUGCUGAUUCCGAGUCACACAGUAGGCAUUUAUAUCCACCCAGUGUUGUUCUAAGUGGAGACAGUGGUCUCCGUAGUUAAAAUCCAUCCCUUUUAGGUUCCUCAAAAGAAUUCCUUCUUUUGGUCAGUGAGUAAUGCCGCUUAAAUGCCACCAUGACAAAAGGUUGAGAGAGGAAAGAAAAAAAAAGAAAGAAAGGAGGGGUGGCAAACUUCUACUUGGAGCAAUAUAGGCAACACUGUGUCUGGGGCAAAGGGGCUCAUGUCAUGGGGACUGUAGGGCUUAAAGUUAAAGAUUACUUUGAAAUCUGCAUCCCCUACCAUCAAACUCUCCUGGUAUCUCCCCACCCUUCCUCCUCCCUGCAGCCAUCACUUCAGCUCCCAAAAAAUAAAAAGCUGUCUCCACAGAAAAGGGGAUGAGUGGAGAGUAGAUCCUCUUUGAUGACAGAGAAGGAUCCUUUUGUUCCCUAAUCCCCACAGAACCCCCCUGGCACCCCUUUUCCCCUCUCUCUAUAAGUCCAAUUGGACAUUAAGUGGCUUCAGUCAGGGGUUCAAAACAUAUUUGUUUACCUUUUCUACAAUACACGACAAGAAGGGGCGGAAUGAAUCACAAACUUUAUACUUUCAAUGAUUUAAAUCAUUUAUUAAGCGGAACAAUUAAAAAAAAAUAAACGUGUGAAAUAGCUCAGGGUGAGUCCCAGGGUACCAACCAUUAUUUUCUGUGCACAAAUGUCAAGAAUCGAACAGAGACAGUUGUGGGAUACACAUCUUCCUGCAACUUGCCUUAAGUGUGUGCAAAGUGUGUCGAUGUGUCAUUAUCAGAUUGGACACACAUAUUUCACAGGGGAGAUGAAAGUCUUCCAUAUACUUGUAACAUCUACCCUCUGUUGGUGUGUGACCCAUCAGAACCUCAAAGACAUCGCCCGAGGAAAGUGAUUAUCAACUCUCUGUACGCACUUUGACUCGUCAUGUGAUCACACGCUUGUGUAUGCGGGGGUGUUCGAGUGUGUGUGUCUAUGGGGUGUGUAUUUUGCGGAUGAGGGGACGUGGGGUAGAAUGAGUGUGCAGUUGUCAAAAUGUCCCUGAAAAGACAUAUGGUCUAAAAAGCAUGCAAAACCUCCAGAGUCAAGUGACGUGAUCUCAAUGUUUAAGGUUAAAAGUGUCAAACGAAGCUUAUCUUGCAACUUCACCUUAAUCUCGUCGCCCUAAACAUGUCAAAGAAUAUGUUCUGUCUGUAUUAUGUAUGGACACGGACAUUUUCCUAUGCCAAAUUGAAACAAAUGACAUGAUAAAUCACAGGAAGUAUAAAAUCUCCCUCUUGUGUGUGUGAAAAAAUGUUUGCAUAAAAAAAGGGAUUGGAAAAUUAACAAACUGUUAAAAUGACUACAAGGGAAUUUCUAAAUUCUUCCAAACUAUUAAUUUUCAGAAUUUUUUUUUACCUCAAGCUAUAGUUUAAUGACAAAUCAUUAUUAAAAGCACACCCACUGAUUUUGUUGUGUUUUACUGUCCACAUUGUUUCGCAAAACUGGGAACUAAACCCUGAAGAACCCUAAUAGAAUACAAUGUCUGCAGAUGGUGUGUAUGUUCUACCAACUUAGCCACCCUGUUUCCCAAGGCAGUCUUCUUUUUAUAAAAGAUUGCAUGUCUACUAACUGCAAAUUAUGCAUAUUUGAAAAAAAAUAUAUGCAUCAUUUGUAUAUAUGUUUUUUCUUCUAAAAAAAUGCUUUAAGUCAGCAACUAAUGUACUUAAGAUAGGGCUGGACUGGGA